UAUAAAUAUAAUAAAAUGGAAAUGGCUUAAAGAUUAGAUAUCAAUUCAUUGGUGCAUUUGAAUAAUUUCAUAUUUCUUGUCUUCUCUAUUUGCACUGAUAAAAUAGUGACAGAAGACUUUCAAUGCAAUGAUUCUGAGGGAAUAGGUUUUCUGCAUUUUAUCCUUUAUGGAAACUUAAUUGUGUAAUUGUCUAUUUAAAAUUGUAGAUAUGGGAUCAUCUUCGUAAUACAGUUCUUGAGUGCCUGCAAUUUAUUGGACACAUGUACAAGGAAAUUUGGAGCUGUUUGUAUUACAAUUAACACAUUUGUCUUCUUUGGAGGAGUGAUUAUAUUUGAUGUUUUAUCUAUGCUCUAUGGGAUCAAACAACACUUCUUUUCCACCAAAUCAAAAUGUAGAGAAAUUGAACUCUUUACAAUGUGUUGUGCAUACAUAUUUGUUGUGUGGAUUAGUGUAAUGAUAAUUGGGGCCACUAAUCGCAUAAUUGACUAUUUUAAACCAAGAAAUGACUUGAUACAACCAUUAAAUAAGAACCCUGCAGUUUUGUGAAAUAUUAUAUAUUAAAAUCC